AAAUAAAAAAAAAAAAAAAAAAAAAAAAAAAAAAAAAACGGAUAUCUUUCAAAAUAAAAAAAAAAAUUAUAAAUGGCAGAAAUAUUAAAGGAUGAAUUAGAACAUAUCUAUGUAUAAAAAUGUAAUUUUGGGAAUUUUCACUUGGCCUUUAUAAAAUUCUAAUGCUCAAUCUUCAAGAUCGAUUUCUUUAAUCCAUUUCUUGUUUCUUAAACGCAUAAGACGUUUCGAUACGAUCGAUCGUAGAUUCAAUGUGGGCGUCGUCUUUUUUGUUUAUUAUCCUAAGCAUGCUUGUCUGGUUUAUAUUGUGCUGGUGUAAAUGCGCGAGCCGACUUGCUCUUGAAAACGCCUUUUGCCCACCCAUUCUGCCCGUGAUCGUUUUGCUUUUGCGCGUGUUAAAUAAUCGAAGAAAAACUGUUACUCAGCGUUUAGGAUCGGCACCGAUCGAUCAUUCUUAUUCGUGGAUCUAUUAAAAAUGUGUUGGUCAUUUUUAAACAACGCUCAACCUGUCGACUUUAAUUUCAUCGUAACGAAAUUUUCAAUUCGCGGUUAGUGAUCGAUGAUAAGUUAAACAUUAAAAAAUAUGUAAAUUUCCUCAAAAGAAAUCAAACGAGUCGACGUUUUGAUAUUGCAUUUUUCAUUGCUUUCUCGUUCAAUCAGUUAGUCGCAAGUGUACGUUACUUUCAACUCUUCUACGACAAUCUAAGUUCAUCAUUGAAAAAUAUAAGUGACCCAUGAAUUAAUAACAAUAAAACUUGUCUCUAAUUUAUACUAAAGAAGUUUUUUACCAAUCAAAGUUGGAAAAAGCUUUAUGUAUCCGGCAGGAGUAUGUCAAUCACACCGGAAGUUUCUUCGAGGGAUACUCUUAAUUCUAUCACUAAUUCGGAUGAUCGAAGCCGUACAGGAAGAUACGUAGCAGGUGGAGCGGCAUUAGGAGUCACAUUGCUUGCAUUACACCAUGCACUUUUACGUGGCACAUCUUCCAUAGCAGGAAUAUGCAUACCUGCUAUCAUAAUGGCAUGCUAUGUUAUUUGGGUACUUUAUUCCGCUCGUAGGGAUAGACGCAAGGCAUUAAGGAUUGCGACCGCCAUGCAACUGACGGAAGUAAUAAAUGAACCUGCCAGAUCCACCGAAGCCGUCCGUAAAAACGUCACAAACGACGUCGAUGAACCUGAUGGCAAUUUUACGGAAAAGAAUAGUCACGAAAAUCCUAUGUUUUUGAAAGAGGAUUACGUUCCAUAGAUCAAGAUUUUCUUUACACUUUCUUUUAUUUUGACCGUCGCAGUUAAAUGAAUCCUAUUUUCCACCUUCCCUCGUAUUUAUUACAACUCGUUAAAGUUAUAAAUCUUUAGAUAUGAUGAUAUGAUAAUUAUUAUUUGUAUAUAUGUACGAUUAAUAUAAAAAGAAAAAUAAUCUCA